CUGCUGCGAGGGCAGCGCUGCGCGCUGUGCGCGCUGUGUGCGCUGGCCCUGCUGCUGGCCAGCUGCGUGGCCGGGCGCGGCGGUUACGAUGCCCUGAGCUAUUCUGUGGAAAAUGGCGACAAGUGGAGUGGGCGACAGCUCCUGCAAGCACGUGAGAAGAACAUGACUGACUUUCCAGAGGAUGGGGGGCAGCUCUACAUCAGAAACUGCACUGAACCAGCUCUCCAUGAAUUCCCCAAUGACAUCUUCACGAACGAGGACAGGAGACAUGGAGCUGUCGUCCUGCACAUCCUCUGUGCUGUGUACAUGUUCUACGCAUUGGCAAUUGUCUGCGAUGACUUCUUUGUCCCUUCGCUGGAAAAGAUCUGUGAACGCUUGCAUCUCAGUGAAGAUGUGGCUGGGGCAACUUUCAUGGCAGCAGGAAGCUCUGCUCCUGAGCUGUUCACAUCUGUCAUAGGUGUUUUUAUCACAAAAGGAGAUGUAGGCGUUGGAACCAUUGUGGGCUCAGCUGUAUUCAACAUCCUCUGUAUUAUUGGGGUGUGUGGGCUUUUUGCAGGACAGGUUGUUGCGCUGUCAUCAUGGAGUCUCUUGAGAGAUUCAAUCUACUACACGCUAUCUGUUGUUGCACUCAUCGUGUUUAUUUAUGAUGAAAGAGUUUCCUGGUGGGAGUCCUUAGUCUUAGUGCUGAUGUAUGUCAUCUACAUCUUUAUAAUGAAGUACAACUCAACCAUACAUCACUUCUUUGAGAGGAAGACAAAAAGCUCUGCAAAUAUGGUGAAUGGUUUAGCAAGUAACACAGAAAUGGAUGACAACAGCAACUGUGAUGCCACAAUGGUGUUACUAAAGGAAAGUAACUGUUCCAGAAAUUUCCGCCGUAAAGCCUCAGUGAUCAUGGUUGAUGAGCUGCUCUCUGCCUACCCACACCAGCUUUCAUUUUCUGAGGCUGGGCUCCGGAUCAUGAUAACCAGCCAUUUCCCUCCCAAAACCCGUCUCUCCAUGGCCAGCCGCAUGUUAAUCAAUGAGAGACAGAGGCUGAUCAACAGCAGGAUUUACACCAACGGUGAGUCAGAAGUAGCAAUCAAAAUACCCAUCAGGCACGUGGUGGAGAAUGGAACAGGCCCCAGCAAUUCUGCUGAGCAUGGCGUGAACGGCACGCAGCGGGAUGAGGACGUGGCCGAGGCUAGGAAUGAGAAUGAGGAUAACGAGAACAACGAAAACGACGAGGAAGAAGAUGAUGAUGAUGAUGAUGAUGAUGAUGAUGACCAUGAAGGGCCAUACACACCUUUUGGCCUACCCACUGGCAAGAUAGAAAUGUUGAAAUGGGUCUUCACAUGGCCCUUGAGUUUUGUCCUGUACUUCACAGUGCCCAACUGUAACAAACCCCACUUGGAAAAAUGGUUCAUGGUCACCUUUGCUUCUUCUACCCUGUGGAUUGCAGCUUUUUCUUACAUGAUGGUGUGGAUGGUGACAAUCAUUGGGUACACUCUGGGAAUUCCAGACGUGAUCAUGGGCAUCACUUUCUUGGCAGCAGGAACCAGCGUGCCAGACUGCAUGGCCAGCCUUAUUGUGGCCAGGCAAGGUAUGGGGGAUAUGGCUGUGUCCAACUCCAUUGGAAGCAAUGUUUUUGAUAUUUUAAUUGGCCUAGGCCUUCCAUGGGCUUUGCAGACCCUAGCAGUGAAUUAUGGAUCAUACAUUCGGUUAAACAGCAGAGGACUUAUAUAUUCUGUUGGUCUCCUGCUGGCAUCAGUUUUUGUCACAGUUUUUGGUGUCCACAUGAACAAAUGGAAACUGGAUAAGAAGCUAGGGUGUGUGUGCCUUUCCCUUUACGGCAUCUUCCUGUGUUUCUCCAUCAUGACAGAAUUCAAUGUUUUCACUUUUGUGAACUUGCCAAUGUGCAGAGAUCACUAACGCAGGUGGCAGACUGUCGGGAGGAGCUUCCUUCUUACCUGUGCAAUACAAGCCACGGCUGGCAUUUCCUGGAUGCAGUGCACCUCCAAGUCGUGACCUAUAUCCUGUUCACUGUUCAUAGGACCCAUGGCCCCGUCUAGGUUUGCCCUCUCCCUGGCCCCCACAAUCUGGAACAAUCCUUCAUCGAUGUGAAGAGCUUUUUUCAACAUCCAUGUGAUUUCCUUGCUCGAUUUUUGAACAGUGUGACUGAGACUCAAGAUGAACUGGCUGCUAACUGGCAUUAAGCCAGUCAAAUGGUCUGCUACAAUUCCUUCUUUUUUUAAGUUAUUUGAUGGAAGACUAAUUAAUUUAUGACUUAAGACUAUUGCUACAAUGCAGGAGAGGGUAUGUCAUAUGGAGGUUGACUUUCAAGGAGAAUCAUGGGAAUUUUUUUUUUUUGUUGUGGGGAGUGUUUUUUGUUUGCUUUUAGUUUCAGGUUUGCAGGUUUUUUUGUUUGUUUGGGAGUGGGGGUGUUGCUUUUGUUUUUUUUUUUUUUUUACUUGCCAGAGAUCAACGUCUUCUCUUGCAUCUCCUUCUGAGUGCUGGGCCUCCUGUAACAAUCCAAAGGCCACAGGGCAGUUUAAAAUGGAAAUGCAAUUCAAGGUACUCAACAUAAAAAUGGAUAAAAGAAGAUUGUCCAGGAAAAAAAUGAUGACUUUUUACUAUAAAUAGUUAACCUUGUACACAUCUGUUAAAGGAUGCAAGCUAAAUGUGGGUUCAAAGGGUUAACACUGCUACGAUUUUACUAUGAAUGUUGGAGUUUUAUUACAAGGGUGUUUGUUAUUUCCAAGCAAUAGUUUGAUCGCCAGCCCAGAAGGGCUACCAAGGAGGUGUCCUGGUUUUUAAAGGUCUGCACAUGGAAAUGGAAGGUCAGAACUUUCUCUGCUUCAUCAAAUUUCUAGUUUUGGGGGGAUUCAAUAGUUCACGUCUUAUUCAUUCUGAGAAGGACAUAAGUACAUGUGCAAACUUUUUUAAGUGAGUUACAGACACUGGUUUCUUUAAGAGGAAGGAGGCAUAUUUUGCACAGACAUGGUUACUGAAGUCAUAAUUUGCUAUUCUUUAAAGUAUACACUGGACCUGGCCUGAUAUUUUUCAUCUUAAGCAGUUGAACUUAUCUGAUAACAGACCAUGUGGAUUCAUCACCUCUCCCUUUUGGGAGGGUAGAAGACACAGACAGAGAUGGCACAUUUUAAAAUGUGGAAUAUCUUCAAUGCAGACUCUCUCACAGAUCUUAAGUUAUUGUGAAAGUUUAGCUAUUCAUUGUUCCAAUAUCCCUGCUAGAUUUUGUAUAAUUCUGUAUUAAUAUGCAGGCAGAUUCCACCCCUGAGAAACACCAUCACUGCUUCAUUUGUAUGUAUUGAUACUGUGCGUUCUUGCCACUGCAGCUCUUGUAUUUACUUUAAGCACUGAUCACUUCUGAUCCUCUUGUAUAUGUUCUGCUAUGAAAUGUAUUAAGAGACUACCAGCUAGGUGAAUGUUUUUGUCUAUGGUACAAACAAUGGCAGAUAAUAAUAAAGAUACAGCAAACCCUACAUAACAGAAAGAAAGGAAAAAAACCCAAAACAUCAAACCCUAAACUAUAGCAGGAAAAGAAAAUGCUCCAGUUUAAAAGAAAAAAGAAGAGAGCCACAUUCUGUUCACAGACAAAAAGCCAUUUUUUUUUUCAUUUGCACUUUUGGAAUUGAUUUUUUCAACCUGAUUUUCUUUGGGCAAAAUGUUGUAAAUGAAAAUAUUUAUACCCUGUGGUUUCCCUUCAGCUCAGCAGCUAGUUUUCUUUGUUUGUGACACCAAACACGUGGAGGCACUGGCAGCUCUUGCACUGUGUGUGGCAGUGAAGUCCUGUGGAAAAAGCCGCGCCCCACUGGCCUCACUCGGGGAACAAUGUGUGCCAGUGGAUCCCUGGCAAGAAAAAUAAAGGGUCCAGAGACAGCAGAGAGAGUGGAUGACAUGCCUGCAUUGCCAGUUUUCAUCCUGGAAAUCAAUUGUGUUGCUGCUUGUUGAGCUCUGCAGCUGAGGUUUGAGCAGCCUUCUCAUACCUGUGCCUGCGGGACAUCCACUUGUGUUAGGAAGCCCACUGUACCUUCCUGUUGCUGGGUUUUUGUUUCUUUUGUUGUUGUUGUUAAUGAGAUGAAUAAUAAUAAUAGCAAUCACUAAAAUGCCUAAAA